AUGUCUCUCAUCGCCGGCGAGCAGCUGGAUGAAAACAUCGACAAGAUCCUGGAGAAGGCGAAGCCUGGCGCCACCUUCCAGCUCUCCACACAGAAGCAGUCUGCCCAGUGCUUCUUGUCCAGCUCCAUCACAAUAUGGAUGCCCAAUGACACGGGCAAGAGAAUCCUGGUGACUUGGGCGGACUUCUCUGGCAACUUUGUUCCAUUGGCAGAGUUGCAGCCCCAGCAAAUGGUUGAGAUUCGAACCUUUCCCGGUCAGCAAUGGGUUUUCUUUGAGGUGUUCACCGGGGAAAUUCAACUCAUGGCGUCUGUGAGCUUCUCGACCAGCGGGUACCUGUCGUUGUCCAAGGUGAUCUCCGAGUUCGAUGCUUCCUUGCAAGGGUCUGCUGCCAACUCAGAGGAAGAGCUUGCCUACAAGCUGUACGGAGACAAGUUGAACCUGAGGGAGGAGUAUUGCGAUGCAAGAAUGAAGGAGAAGAUUGUCACGUUCAACAUUCAUGAUUCCACUCGCAUUGCGAUACAGAAGAAGAAAACUAUUCGCGAGCCCUACGCUGUCUCUCUUCUGAGAUCCAAGCAAGAGUUUGCAAAUAAUGCGGCGAUGGCAAAAAUGUUCGAACAAGAUUCUACCUCGAAAGGUCCGUAUGGAGAGACCAAAUUAGCCGUUGCUGGCGAUCUUGUGACAUCGCGAGCAGGCGAAACUCGAACAGGAGGCAUCUAUGAAAGCAGUGACAUCGACAGGCCUGUUGCUUUCACAACCAACUACAAGAUUGUGUCUUCCUUCAAGAACAAGAUGUCGCAAUCCAUGUACUUCGGAUUCAAGUGGUCUGUCGACAUUUUCAACUUCAUCAAUAAUGAAACACUUGCCUGGUUUGGCCUCAAGAAUGAAAUGCUUUUCCUCGGAGUCUCAUUUCAUCUUCUCUUCUUGGGAAUGAUGUGGGCUGUUGCUGUGCUUCAAGCCAGAGCUAUCAAGGAUCGUGAAACACAAGGACUGGACAUGAAGAUCAACAACAAUCUCCGCAAGGCUAUCAUCAUCAACAUCCUUGGUGCCAUAUUGGCAGGACCACUUGCCGUAUGGAAUUUGCGUCCCGUCAGGCCAGGAGGCGGCAGGUUGACUAAGCGUACCAUGUGGAAGAGAUGCUUGUUCACCGGAGAGGUCUCGCUCACAUGGCAGAAGGUUGUCUUCUGGGUCACCUUCGUCGCUUGGAUCAUCUCUCUCGCUGGCUUGGGCUCACACUUGCAUUGUGCCGUCAAGACUGGAUUCCAGCCACCCGACCCAUGCACCACAGGCGCAAGCGCAGACCCAAAGCCUCCUACAUGUAACAUCCUCGAAAAAGCGAUGUGCUGUGAUAAUUCGUACAAAGCUAGCAAAUUCGCAGCGAAAAAAGCCGAGUGCCCUGAACCGGAAACGUUCCCAGACGUGUGCGACAUGAAGGUCAGAAUAUCUUGCAUCGGCGGAUGGCUCCUUCCGUCCAUCUCUGCUGUGCUGGAAUCGCUCGUCGCCUUGUUCCUCUUGAUGUGGUGGCGUCCUGCGGGCUUCCUGUACGGCGCAUCUGCCAGCGGAGAGUCCAAAAAUGUCUUCACUCAGACUAGACGCAUCGCCAAUCACAUCGUUCAAGGCUUCUUCUCCGUGUGGGAUGUGACCGUCUUCGGGGUCGGACCAGCCUUCCCUGUCUCGGUCGUCGUGUCCGAGGGUCAGGCGGAGAGCUUAGCAGAAAACUUCAUGCGUCUCCGCGAGUCAGUCAUCCUCGAACAGGCCAAGGAGCAUUGCCGCGCCUGUGCGCACAAGUCGUCAUGGCGGAUGUUGGGUAACACGGGCCACACCUGCCAGGCUGAAUCCGCAGACCAGAAGAUGGCCCCGCGCGGACGAGGAGAGUGGAGGUACAGCGGGGUGUGGUGGAGGUGGCACGUUAACAGGGAUUUGUGA